AUGGUAUGGAAAACCGGACCGGACCGGCCGGUUCGGACCGGAAACCGGCGAACCGGCCAGGAAACCGGUCCGGUUCAUCGUGUGAACUGGGGUCACAGCGAACCGGGACAGAGUGCGAUCGCCGUUCAGAGCUCCACCAACGUUCAGAGCUCCAGUGCCACCGUUCUGGUUUGCGAUUUCUUUUCAGAUUGUGAAUGCGUUUUUGUUGGAUUAUUUGUGCCGAGAUUAUUGAUCAUGGAUGAUACAAAUAUUGAAGCAAAUGAGAAUCCUAUCCCCGCAUCUGGUUCUACCAAUAAUCCCACUACCACUGCACCCUCACAUGGGCCUGGUAAAACCGAUCCUGCAUGGGCAUAUGUUUCUCUUAAGAAAGAGGGAAAAGUAAAUGUUUUUACUUGUCUCUUUUGUGCAUCAAGUUACAGAGGAGGUGGGAUAAAUAGAAUGAAACAACAUCUAGCUGGUGUUUCUGGUCAAGUUUCUUCUUGUAAGAAAGUUCCUCAUGAUAUAAGUGCAAGAAUGAAAGAAUCUUUACUAGGAGGGGCAAAGAAAAAACCUGUGAAUCAUGCAGAAGAGGACAUUGAAAUUAGGGAAAUUGAUGAACCAAUUGCUUCACCUCAAUUUAGAAAAGGCAAUGUUGAGAGUAGUGGUAACAAGAGGAAAGCUUUUGAGACUGGGAGGGUUGAUAAUUACUUUGCUCCUAGAACAACUUCUCUUUCCCAACCAAGCCUGAAGAGUGUAUUAGCAACUAAAGAAGCACAAUAUAAUGCCAAGAUGGUUAUUGCUCAGUGGGCUAUUGUUAAUUGCAUUCCAUUUAAUGCAUUUGAUUGUCCUCUUUUUCAAAAAGCUGUUGAUGCUAUUGCUGCAAUUGGGCCUGGGUUUAAGGCCCCUAAUGCUUAUGAUUUUAGAAUUAACUUGUUGAAAGAUUGGAAAAAAGAAUGUCAGCUGCUGAUUGAAAGUCAUCGUGCAAAAUGGAAAGAAAAUGGUUGUACACUUAUGGCUGAUGGUUGGACUGAUGUCAGACAAAGAACUUUGAUCAAUUUCUUAGUCUAUUCCAUACAUGGUAUGGUAUUUGUGAAAUCAAUUGAUGCUUCAGAUGUUGUUAAAGAUGCGAAAACUUUAUUCUCAUUGUUUUGUGAAGUUAUUGAAUGGGUUGGUCCUGAAAAUCUAGUCCAUGUGGUAACUGAUAAUGCUGCUAACUAUGUAGCAUGUGGCAGAUUGAUUAAAGAGAAAUAUAAAACUAUUUUUUGGUCACCUUGUGCAGCCCAUUGUUUGAAUCUUGUUUUAAAAGAUAUUGCUUCAUUGCCUCAUGUGUCAACACUUGCAACAAAGGCAUCUAAAAUUACUAUAUUUGCAUAUAAUCAUACAAUUUUCUUGUCAUGGCUAAGGAAAAGACCUGAUUGGAAGGAAAUUGUCCGUCCUGGUGCGACAAGGUUUGCAACUACAUUCAUUACCUUGCAUAGCAUAUACUUGCAUAAACAUGACUUGCAAGCUUUGGUGAUUGAUAAGCAUUUUGUGGAUCACAAGUUAGCAAGAACCGAAGCUGGGAGAACUUUUAGUGCAACCGUAUUGGAUAAUCGGUUCUGGAAUGAAUGUUACCAAGUUGUGAAGAUUGUGUCUCCGCUUAUGAGACUUUUGAGGAUUGUUGAUUCAGAUGAAAAACCUUCAUUACCUUAUGUCUUUGAGGGGAUGCAAAGGGCUAAAAAUGGAAUCAAGGACAUCUUUCAUAGGAAUAAGGAGCUAUACAAACCUUAUACUAGAAUUAUUCAAGCUCGAUGGGAUAGGCAUUUGAAGCAAGAACUUCAUGCAGCAGCUUAUAUGUUGAAUCCUGCGUUCUUGUAUAAUCCAAGCUUGAUCAAAAAGAACAGAUUGCAAAAACAUUUGAUUGAUGUCUUUGAGUCAUUCUCUAAUGAAAAUCUUGACUAUUGCACGAUGAUGCAGCAAGUGUUUAUUUAUAAAGAUCGUAAGGACUCUUUUGAUAGAUUUUCAUGUGAAAAGGCAGCUCAAAAACUAGAUCCUCAUCAAUGGUGGUCAUUCUAUGGGAGUUCUAUUCCGGAAUUGCAACAAGUUGCAAUCCGUAUUCUUAGCCAAACGUCUACUUCUUCUGGUUGCGAAAGAAAUUGGAGCUUAUUUGAGCGAAUUCACACCAAAAGAAGAAAUAGAUUGGAACAUGAAAGGCUAAAUGAUCUAGUUUUUACAAACUACAAUCUGAGAUUGAAGGAUAGGGAUAUCUUGAACAAGAAGAAGACAAGUUAUGAUCCUAUUGAUUAUGAAUCAAUUGAUAAAGUUGAAUUUUGGGUGGUUGAAGAUCCAACUCCUGAAUUUGAUAAUCUAGAUGUAAUGAAUCUUGAAAGACUUGCCACCAGUGAAGAUAUCGCAACUGCAUCAACUUUGGGGAACGAGAGGCAUGAUAAAGGUGAUGAAGAUAUACAUAUUGUUGAGCCUCCAUCUUUGAAUGAUGAUGAUAUUGCUCCAAGUUGUUUUGCCGGUCCUUCGACAGCUUCACCACCUCCUCCUAGUGUCUCAAUGCCCAUAGAUUUAAAUGAAGUUAAUGAUGACUUUGGUGUUGAUAAUUAUUAG